AUGUUCAUAAUCGUUCAGGUCAAGCAUGAAGAAGCUGUGGAGCGGCAGCUCAAAAUGGUCGAUAAGCUGCUGGCCGAGAAGAAUGAACUAGCAAAGAAGUGUGAGAGUCUCGCGGAAGAUAUGAAGCAAGCAGAGAAAAGGUUUCAGAUGAAACUAGAGGAGCAAGCAAAGCACCUUGAAAGGGAAACUGAGCGUCAGAAACGGCAAUCCAUCACAGCAGAGAAGGCAAGGAGAGAGGCGUGGCAGCGGGAAAAGACACAGGAGAUCAAAGAGAUGACUAUCAAAGGGCUGGAACCAGAGAUCCAGCGUCUUAUGGAUCGGCAUCGCGAUGAGAAGAGAAGAGUCGAAGAGAAAAUGCGGCGAACUCUCGAGGAGUUUCAGAAGGAAGCUCAGGAGAGAAUCCAGCUAAUCAAAGAGCAGAUGGCUCGGGAUCACGACGAUGACCUCGAACGCGAGAGGGCACAUCAUCGCCGGCUGAUGCGCGAGCAGCAUGAGCAGUUUGAGAAAGAACUCAGGGAGGAAAGAGACAACCACCUCGUGGAUACGGCGGAGGUGGAGCAGAGAUGGGAAAACCAAAAGCGACAAGACGCCUCUGUAUUUGAGGAAAGACUGAGUGCAGCGAUAGAGCAAGAGAAAGACCGAGCAAAGGAGAACCUUGAACGUGUGCAGCAAGAGAUUGACGUCAUUCAGCGACAGCAUGCAGCGGAGCUACAGGACCUGCGCCAGGGAGCAGAGGCCAAAGAAGCCGAGUGGAGGCGAAACCUUGCCGACAUGGUCGAAUGCGAAACACGGAAGAGGCUUCACGUGAUAAAGGAGGAGCUCUCCGCGGAACGAGAUAGAAAGCUGGAGGAAGUUAUCGAAAAGAUGGGGCGAGAGCAAUUGGAAAUCCAGCAACAGCAUCGACAAAAGAUCGACGAAGUCGCGCGAAACGCACGUGCCGAAGCAUCUGUGCAGCUCAAAGAAGCUCUGGAGAGAAACGCAGUCCUCACUGAAUCUCUGGAGCUGAAACGGGCUGAAGCAGAGGCUCUAGGAAAGCGCAUCGUGCAUCUAGAGACCAUAAGCGCGGAGAGACAUGAUAGAAUACUCGAGUACGAAACCAAGCUCGAGGAGGGAAGACGACAGAGCCAAGCUGCCCUAGAAGAGAAGGACACCGAAGCACGAAGGCUGAAAUUGGCAAUUGAAGACCAGCAAGAGAUGUUCGCUGCCGAGCUUCGCUCAAGAGACAAAACGGCCCUCGAUCUGUCGAAUCAACUGAAAGAAGCCCAGCAGGCCACCGAGAAACUUCGAGAAGGGAAUGAACAGCAAGUAGAAGCCAUAGCGGCGAAAGUGAAGCAGGCCCUUUGGGCCAAAGACGAAACCAUACGCGAACUCCGCGAGGAGAUGGCCGCGCUGGAAACAAAGGUUGGUCACUUCCGAGACAUGCUCCGGAAGCAGAGGGAAGAUCUCCUCGCGCCGUGCAACUUCGCCAUUGAGGACGAGACGACGCACAUCACCCUGGCGAACGCCUCGAGUGAUGGCUUAGAGUCAAAACAGCCGCCGUUCCCGCCUGAGGACGCCGGGAAAUCUGCGCAGGCGUCUCACACCCCGUCGCGCCGUCCGCGGAAAACUGCCUCCGCCCGGAAGUGA